GUUAGGAGCAGUUCAGUUAGUCUAGAAUGUUGGUCGAUAGGAAGUUAAUUGUUUCUGUGAUUAAAAAUUGAUAUAUUCUCAUUAAUUCCUCCCUCGAUAUUAAUAAUUAUGAGAUAUCAGUGAAGUGUUAAUAAAUAGUUGUGAGAUUGUCUCGAGUGCAAUAUAAUCGGAGCCACUGGUGACUCAAGCAGUUUCUUUUGGAGCAAGAAGGAAGGGAAAAAAUAUCAGGGGGGACCUCCACUUGGCAGCUUUCAGUCACUAUUUUAUUGCCAAAAUAUGCGUAGAACUGUCGAUUUCGUAGAUAGGUGUGCUAGUUGUUGAUUCAAUAAAACAUCACCGUUUAUUAGUCACUUGGUGAUGGUACAAUGGUCUCAAUAAUAAAAAAUCAGCUACUCAAGCAUCUGUCAAGGUUUACGAAGAACCUGUCAGCUGAUAAAAUCAACUUGAGUACAUUAAGAGGAGAGGGUGAAUUAACAAACUUAGAGUUAGACGAGGCGGUUUUGACUGAUCUACUAGAGUUACCAUCCUGGCUGAAAUUGACUAGUGCUUGGUGCAACAAAGUUAAUCUACGUGUACAAUGGACCAAGCUCAAGAGUGUUCCUAUAUUUUUGCAUCUAGAUGAAGUGCAUAUCGAGCUGGUAACCUGUGAGGAAUUGAGAAGCCCAACAUCACCAAACAAUGCAACUGCCUUUCCAGGAGCAACAAAAUAUUCGUUUAUCCAUAAAGUCAUCGAUGGCAUCACAAUUGCAGUUAAUACUGUUACAGUUACGUUUAGGAGUCCCGCUUUUAUUGCUAAUGUUCAGAUUGCGAGAAUAACAGUUGAGUCAAAAUCGCCGGCCUGGCAGCGUUGUGAUUUGAGAAUGACAAGACUUAAAGACACUGAUAGAGGACAACUACUUAUAUUCAAAGAAAUGGAAUGGCAGACUGUUAGAAUAGAAGCACAAAGUACAAAAGACAAAGACUUGACCCCACUACGUUUGUUAACUAAUCAAGCUAGAUGCCGUAUUACUAUUAAGAAGAGACUGUCUGACUGUUUCGUUUUGGGAUCACGUUUGGUCCUUAUUCUCGAUGACCUACUGUGGGUCCUCACUGAUUCACAGCUAAAGGCUGCAUUACGAUUCAUUGAUUCUCUGGGUGGGCUCAUUGAGAGGGCAACUAUGUUGGAGAGGAAAGUUAAAGCAGCGAGAAAACUCGAGCUUCUACCAGAGUACCAAGCUCAAGUAUCGCAGCAGGCAAGAAGUAAAAUCCAGUGUAAUACAGCAAUUUCUAAGAUAUUUAUGAGAUACGAUGUAGUUGAAACCUGUUACCACUUUCUAUGUCAGAGAAUUGAUCUUCACUUGUGCGAUGAUCCUGGCCCUGGUCGAUCGUCUCACCCUGACCUAAAGGACGGCGGCGCCCUUCAGAUAUCUCUGGUUAAAUUCCAGAUAGACUACUAUCCUUAUCACUUGGCUAUGGCUGAUCGAAAACACUGGGCUAAAUACAAGGAGAAUGCCACACCUCAUGCUCAAUGGCUUCAGCAGUCCCUGAAUGCAUUUCGUGGACAGUUUAUGGAUCUCAUUGAUAUUGGACAGAGCCAUGGGGCAUCUAAACGUAACAGCACUGAUCAAAGUGGUGAGCAAAAACAAGCAUGGGAUGAAAAACGAAAGAGUAUGGACCAGCAAAGUCCAUUAGUGACGUCAGAGACGAAAAAAUCUCACACCAGUGGCAACGUAGUUAAAAAUUUUGUUCUCGAGCAAUUGUCGACCCUCAUGACGACCUGCAUUGUCAUCAGAAUAAAUGACUUCACCGUGUACAAAGUGACAACAUCAACACGAAAGCCCACAACGAAGGAAUUCAUAACAGGAGAUCGAGACAAAUUCUGUUUACCUGAUGAUGUUACCAUUAUUCAUGCUGAGUUUACUUAUUAUUACUAUCCUGGGGAUAUUUCAUUUCCAUUGCCACCACCCAAAUUCUACGUACAGGCCAAUCCACUGCAAAUAAAUUACGAUGUGUUCAGUUGUCUGUGGUUCAAUUCGUUUGCAUUGAACCUAUAUCAGUCCCUUCUAGGUGGUGAGAAUAAGAUGGAAGACACUGAUGUAAUGUAUUUUGAUGUUAAACUCGAGGCCAUAUUACCAAGGAUAGUUCUAGAAGCUCAACAUGAUUAUCCAAACCAAAGAGACAGACCCAAAUCCCUCCACCUUCAAAUCUCGAGAGUGUCGGUAACAAACGUGAGAUCAACUGAGAGAUCAUCGAGAGCUGACUUAGCUGAGUGUUUAAAUGCAUUUCAAAUGGGCCAAAUGUUCUUUUCGACUGAAUUUCCCUGUAAGGAUUCUGAUUUCCAUGUUAUCUCGGAGAAAUUCCUGAGUCAUUGUGCAGGCACAGACAACGUUCGCUCCUACCCUCCGAAUUUCAACGCCUCCACGAUCGAUGACCUCACGAAGCAGUUAACCAAGAAGCUCCUCUGGAUCGACUCAAAAGACAUGUGGUGCUGCAGCCUCGAGCCCGUCUGGGCGGACUUCUUCGGAGCUCGUGCCGUAGGUUCCAACCGCCCAGUUCCCUUCCUCGACGCCUUUCCCGUCACCAUCUGGCUGCACCUCUCCCCUCCCUCCUCCACCACCUCCACCGCCAAACCCAGCGGAGCGGAUAUCCAUGGCUUAGCCUACAUCAGCAACCUCAUCUCAGUCCAGUUGAACCACUACCAGUACCUUUUCCUCCUUCGCCAGAUGGAAAUCUUAACAGAGAUGAGUACCUACCUCGUCGUAGACUCAAACAGAAUCCUCAACGUCGAGUCAGGCUCGCUGACGAUAGCUGCACUCAUCCCCCAGGUAGAAGUGACCCUCAUAAUGCCCUCGCAAACCCCGGGAAAGGAGAACUCAGGUGGAGACCUUGAGUCAGUCGUUCCAGACUCCUCCAGCAUUGCAGAGGACCUCCUUCCCUCCUCCCUGCCUCACCACAUGGCGACAGCAGCACGAAUGGAGUUCGGCUCUAAAAGAUUGAACACGUCCAACGAUGUGGAAACUCCUCAGAGUGAAGUUUGCUCGAUGAUAUCAAUGGAGCACCCAACGCAACAGGUUGUGACAUUCAAACAGGAACGAAUCGAUGCUAUUCAAGAGGGUGAAUUCCCGAGGCUAAAGCGUCAGCCCUCGGAGACAACUCCAUUUAUACCAAAUAAUUUCAAUGUUGGACUAUCGUCCAUGAAGAAGGGCUUCGCCAAUCUGAUGACCUCGAUCGAUUCAGCUCUGAAGGCAUCUCCGGAGGAUGGAAGCAGUGAUACUGUCUCCAUGAGGAGUGAUAUGAGCUCUGACAGUGAAAAUUAUCUUGUUGAGAAGCUCGAGGAGGGGGAUUCAUUCUUUGGGGGGCUCAAUGUCACUGGGAUAACAGCGGUGGAAGAGGCUACUGAGGUUGUUGAGGAAACCCCUGACACGCAGAGUGAAAAAUCCAUGGAUUCUGCUUGUAAACGAAAGGAUCUGGUGUCGAUGAUAACAUUUAAAUUGUCGAAGGUUGAAGUUGUCCAGCAGAGCUCGGGUUUUGAUUCGGUUGUGAAGGCUCAAGUGGCGAAAAUAGCGAGCGAGGAAUGCUCGUCGAUACCCUGGGAUGAAUUCCAGUCGAAAUUUAGUUCUAGGUCAAGGGGCUGGGUCGAGGUUCCAUCGGAUGCUGAUUGUGGGGCGUGUGCCAGGGUCAGGCUCACUCAUGGGUUGAGGAAGGAGGAUGUGGAGAGGGUGGGUAAAAAGGGGGGGAGUCAUUUGCAGAGCAAGGCGGGACUGAUGGCCAUGUUCCAGGAUGAACUCAAGGCGAAGAUUAUGAAUGUUAAUUUGGCACUGUCGAUGAGCUAUGUGGCUGGACUGACGGAUCUUGUGGAGGACGAGGUCAUUCCGGAUCCACUACCUAUGAAGAUAUUCUUGGAGAACAUCUGUCUGCGAUUGAACGAAGACCGACCCCCGAACAAUAUCACAUCUCCAGGGCCCGUUCCCAUCGACGUAGUCAUCUCAAAUCUCCAGAUAUUGCGAGAUAAAAAAGGAAUUUUCCACGUUGAACCCCACAGUGAUAAGCGUUCCCUAGCAAAUUUAGCGAAUGGAAUUGGCAAAUGCACUAUCAGUAGUGAAACAGAACAAGAGUUGAAUUCAUUAAGACAGUCAUCGAGACAGUUAAAAGGGGACAAUGAGGAGUUGAAGCGACGUCUCGCAGCCCUAGAAAGACUGUCAGAGGAGAAUUCUCGGCUGAGAAGGUCUCACCAAGAGCUAGAAAUCCUCAAAUCGAGUCUCAACGCAGCUCAGGACUAUAUCUCCGAAUUACUGAAGGAGAAACAGGCCCUGCAGGACACUGCUGCUGUCCUUCAAAAACAGCUGACAAAAUCCAAUGAAUCAGCGAACAGUGGACGGCCAUCGUGGUCCAUCAAGAGAUAGCAUACCAGCUGCUUCGACUGCUCAACCUGCUGCAGUGCUAAUAAAUCAUGAUAGAACAGAGAGAAAAAAAUAUAUCAAGGAAUUUAUUGUCUCUAAAUUCAAUUUUUGAAUAUUAUUCUCGAGGUUUCUCUCGAGGAGGUACAGAAUUUACAGUUGCACUAGGAUUUCAGACUGAGUAGGUUUCUUCAACAUUCCUGGGGGUGAGAACGAGCAGGUGAACUUUUACUUUAUCUCUUAAUGCAAUUAUUUCAAUCGUUUUUUCAAGUGUAAUGAGAAAACGUGAUAUGGGAACUUGGAGAGUGAGUGAUUCAGGGGAAAACGUUGGGGGAUUUUCAUCCCAGGGGAAGCUGUCUCCCAAAAAAUAUCCCUCCUACUGGAAAGCUAAAAAAUCUUUGAAAACAAAAAUCGCUCCAUUGCCUUUUCUCGUGGAGUCACUCAUCAUCCAACUAAUUUGAUAUUUAAUGAGAGUCGGAGGGUGUGAUGUUUCACAAUUUCAUUGCUCAUGUGAAUUGACUUGUUCGUUUUUUUAUGAAGCUUGAGAUAUUAUUUAAUUUGAGGAGAUUCAAGGUUGAGAAGGGACAAAAACAUAGUAGGAAGGAUAAUGAGAUUGGAGGAAUAUGAUUAUAUUAUUUCGAGGAAAUCGAGAACAUCACUAUUUACCAAAAAUUGCACUCCAGAAGAAGAUCUGAAAGGAAUACAAAUCUGAUCUGAUAAUCAAUAAUUUAUAUAAUUGAAUUGAGAAUUUUCCGGUACUGGAUUUUUCCGCCAAUCACAGCGCAGUAUUCGAGGAUACUCUAUUGUUAUCAAAUUUUUUCGGAAAUUGCACACUAGCUUCUGGAAAUUGAAUCUGAUAUUUGCAUAGGCUCUUCAUUUAUUUCUAAUCAAUUGGAUGUUUUGCUUGAAGAAGCCGUCCUGGAAAAUUCUCCGCCGAAUACCCCUCGACUUUCAAAAUUACUCGCAAUAUUUCCCUCAAGCUUCCCUGCAAACAAA